CCCCCUGGAUUGAAGGAAAUUUCGUCGUUAGCUUCAUGGACUGUCAGCACUGCCAAACCCGGGAAUGGCGUCGCCGCCUUGCGAUCGCCCGAUACUACGCUCUACUGGCAGUCGGAUGGCCCACAGCCACACUUGUUGAGCAUCCACUUCUUCAAACUGGUUUCGAUUGUUCACAUGAGGAUCUUCUUGGACUUCGUAAACGAUGAAUCCUACACUCCGACCAAAAUCCAGUUUCUAGCUGGAAUGGGCGUCCACGAUAUCCAACAAUUCGCAGAAAUGAGCUUUGAACAACCGACGGGCUGGAUCGAUGGAGUAAAAGAAGUCGACUGGAGCAAACGGCCUGCGCUCCGAGCAUUUCUGGUCCAGGUCAAAAUCCUUGAGAACCACCAAAACGGCAAAGACACCCACCUACGAGCCGUGCAGCUUUUUGCCAGAGACGAGAUGCAUCAAGCACGACGGAUUGUGCCUGCUCUAAGUAAGGCUCCCAAAAAGGUUGCCAAGGCGCCAGCAUCGAGGACUACCAAGAAGCCGCUGCAUGUACACACGGAGCCAAACAACAUCAAGCUGGCCCCGUGGAUGAUGGAGCCAGAUCUCAGAUGA